ACGCCCAUAUUGGCACCAUCGGUGCAAGUGCAACAUCGUUCUCUUCAGCUCCUGAAAUCGCCUUCAUAUAAGUAGCUGCAGUGCUCUUUAUUUCAUCAGAUCGCGCGCUGCUUGUUUCCAUGCGUUUAUUCCGUAUAAGUUGACAUACCCACAAUGACGAACUUCGCAACUCUGUUCUUGCUGUUGACUAUGGCAGCCCGAAUGGCAAACUCGGCCAGGAUUCUGGGCAUCAUCCCCACGCCCUCCAUCAGCCACCAGCUCCCAUUCCGACUGGUAGCUCUCGAGCUCGUCAAGAGAGGCCACCAGGUCACACUAAUGACUACUGAUCCCCUAAGGGAAAGUAUCCAGAAUUAUACAGAAGUAGACUUGUCAAAGUCAUACAAUUACGUGAGGUCAGAAUUUGACUUUGUGUCAAUGUCAGACUUAAGUCCAAUCGAAGUGAUAGACCUAUGGGCUCCUAUGACGGGAAAAGUGUGUGAAAUGCAACUGGAGUUCCCGCAGGUGCAGCAUUUCAUUCGGUCCCAGCCGUCUUUCGACGUUGUUAUCCUGGAGAGCUUAAUGUUCCAAUGUUACUAUGGUCUGAUUCACCAGAUGGGAUCCCCGCCAAUGAUAGGCUUUGUAUCUGUGGGCGCGCCCGCUCCUGUACUCUCCUCUUUUGGGAAUCCCAACAACCCUGCCUAUUCCCCUGAUUUCAUGGUGGGCUACACCGACCACAUGUCCUUCUGGGAAAGAGUGUAUAGCACCUACGUAACAGCACACUUUCAAUACAUAUGGAACUCCAGAGUGGUUCCAAUGCAAGAGAAGAUUCAAACGAAAUAUUUUGGUCCUGGUCACCCACCAGUGUACGAAAUUGAAAGGAAUUUCAGCCUCCUCAUCGUAAAUAAUCAUUUCAGUAUGAACUAUCCUCGACCGUUGCUGCCUAAUAUCAUUGAGCUGACGGGGCUGCAUCUAGAGAAACAGCGGAAGCCACUUCCUCCGGCUGUACAGAGCUUCCUCGAUGGUGCAGAAAACGGUGUGAUUUACUUCAGCCUCGGCAGCAACGUGAGGAGCAGUACGAUGCCAGAGCAUAAGAGGAGAGCGUUCAUUGAAGCUUUCGCGCAGUUACCACAGCGGGUGCUCUGGAAAUGGGAGGUGGACAGCCUGCCUGGACAGCCGGAGAACGUCAUGAUAGCCAAGUGGCUGCCCCAGCAGGACGUCUUGGCACAUCCAAACAUUCGUCUGUUCAUUACCCAGGGAGGACUCCAGAGCAUGAAUGAAGCAAGUUACUUCGCAGUGCCUCUCAUUGGCAUUCCUUUCAUGGGGGACCAGCAGCACAAUGUGGCUAAGAUGGUACAGGCAGGUAUAGGGUACCGUUUGCUGUUCAAAGAUGUCACUACCGAUUCCGUUCUGAAAGCCAUUCACACAGUUCUUGGCAACGAAAGCUACCAGGAGAACAUGAAGCGAUUCUCAGCGAUAUUCCGCGAGCACCAGGAGAGGUCUUUGGACACUGCCGUCUGGUGGAUAGAAUACGUGAUACGUCACAAUGGAGCUCCCCACCUGCGCAGCGCAGCCCUCGACCUGACCUGGUGGCAGCUGCUACUGCUCGACGUCAUCGCAUUCGUGGUUGCAGCGGCGUCCAUCGUAGUCUACCUGCUUUACAAAGCAGCCUGCUACUGCAGAAGUUCAGCACGCGGUUUUCUGAAGCAGAAGACAUUGUGAAGGAUACUGAUGACGAAAGUUUCACAUUUUGGACUGAAGAAAUAAUAUUUAUAGCAUCUAGCCAAAACAAAACUGGACAUGAAAAAUCAGCUGGGGCAAUUUAUGAGAACUAGCACGUGCUAAAUUGUCUUUACAUGAGACUCAGGUGAAACAAAUUAUUUCCUGCUGUGCAGGGUGCCGAAAUAUAUAUUUGUUAUUUGUUAAGUAAUUUAAGUGACUGUGUAUUUCUAACACAAUCGUAUUUAUUUCCAUUCAGAUUUUUUCAGCUGAUGUUUAUGUGCAGUGCACUAGUAAGAACGCAAGUGUGAGGGCACAUUGAAAA